CUGCCCCUGUAGGAGACAUGGACACUGCUGUUCAAACUGCAGGGCCUGUUCAGGCGGCCACCUCCCUGCAGUUUCUUACAAAGGGCGGGUUCUGUUCUUGGCAAGAGAAGUCAUCCAGACUUCUGUGACCUCCAGGCCUCUGGGCUGCCCGGCCCCUUCCGUUCUGCUCCGCAGCCAGGCCUCAUUUCCUUUCCCUCCUUCUCUUGUUUGGCCUCUGUGGGGACAAGCAGGGGCAAGCGAGUCCCCAAGUCUUUUCAGUUCUAAUGAAAAGUCCCAGUGCCAGGGGCUGGGCGAGUUGCCUUGGCAUAGGAGAGUGGACCAGGGCCAGCACCCCAGCUGGACAGACUCCCGGCAGAGCUUCCCUCGCCAGCACACGGAGAAAAGGGUCUGGCUGGAGAAUCCGCGUCCCCUGUGCCACCUCUUGAAGGUGACACCCCGUGAGUACUGCUUAAAGGGUGGCUUCAUCUCCCUCCGACUCAAGUCACAAAGACAGGACAUCUUGCAGUCAGUCUUGCUGCUGGAAGGAAGAUGUCGAACUGAGAUUUGUCUGUGGCUUGGCCGACAGCCAGCGGACACCACAGGUCGCACAAGAAGCCUGUCACUUAGAAUGCUUUCAGAGGCUCCUGAUCAAAUGGACCCCAAGGGUCCGGAUAGGAGGGCUCACCUUCUUCUCUCCAGAGUCUAAUCACUCAAUCUCUAAAUGGUCCUAACACCAACAGGAGCUGAGAGCUGGCUGGUCUAGGAGAGUUCCGGUCUUCUCUGCUCCUCGGCUCUUAAUCAAAUUCUCUAAAAUUUAGAAGAAAUUCUAACUCUGUUGUGCUGGUGAGAGCGCAGUAACUGCAGUUCAGUUUCUCUCACGUUUGGAGGGCAGCCUGGGGUGGGAAAAGAUGGAGGAGGGGUCUGCCCCACUUCAGUUCCAGUUCCUGGCUGUGUGACCUCAAGCAAGUAAUUUGAGCUCUCUGAGCCUUUGUUUGUUCCUGUAUUGCAAGAAAGCCAAAGCAGUUGAAGAAACCCUUGCAUGGCAGAUGAUGAAGGCCAGCUUUCUCAAGGGAGGUGAGCAGAUGAUGAAGGCCAGCUUUCUCAAGGGAGUGUUCCAUGUGUCUCAGGCUGUUGAAGAGUGAGAAGAAUUAGCAAGUGCGCGUCACUUUGGAGCUCGGGCGAGACGGCAACACGGUGUUCAUGAAAUAGCGACAAGGGCAGUGGCUGUGGCACAGCACUGCACAGUAUAACCGGAUUCUAUUAGAGGUGAUCUGUCGGUGACACACAUCCCAUUUGCUCUUUAGACUGGACAGGUGAGGAGAGCCCAGGACUCUGCAACAACAACAUCAACAAGUCCAAAAUCUGAAAAAUAAACUAUGGAGCUCAGAGAAAAGGACACAGCAGAGAACAAGGAAAACAAGUCGACAAGAAAGAAAGCGGACUGGUCCUGCUCCCUCGUCACCGUCUCUCUGGUGGGCGCCUUGGGCUCCUCCUUCCUCUAUGGGUACAACCUGUCCGUGGUGAACGCCCCGACCCCGUAUAUCAAGGCCUUUUACAAUGAAUCAUGGGAAAGAAGGCAUGGACAUCCAAUAGACCCGGAUACUCUGACUCUGCUCUGGUCUGUGACCGUGUCCAUAUUCGCCAUCGGUGGAUUGGUGGGGACACUAAUAGCGAAGAAGAUCGGAAAGUUUCUUGGGAGGAAGAACACCUUGCUGAUCAACAACGGGUUUGCCAUCUCUGCUGCACUCCUGAUGGCCUUUGCCCUCCAGGCUGAAGCCUUUGAAAUGCUCAUAGUGGGACGCUUCAUCAUGGGCGUGGAUGGAGGCAUCUCCCUCAGUGUGCUCCCCAUGUACCUCAACGAGAUCUCACCCAAAGAGAUCCGCGGCUCUCUGGGGCAGGUGACCGCCAUCUUCAUCUGCAUUGGGGUGUUCGUUGGGCAGCUGCUGGGCCUGCCUGAGCUGCUGGGAAAGGAGAGCACCUGGCCGUACCUGUUUGGUGUGAUCAUGGUCCCUGCUUUCAUCCAGCUGGUGAGCCUGCCCUUCCUCCCCGAGAGCCCUCGCUACCUGCUCUUGGAGAAGCAUGACGAGGCCAGAGCCAUGAAAGCCUUCCAGACGUUCCUGGGCAAAGCCGACGUCUCCGGAGAGAUGCAGGAGGCCCUGGCCGAGAGCUGCGUGCAGAGGAACGUCCACCUGCUGUCCGUCUUGCAGCUGCUGAGGACUCCCUUCCUCCGCUGGCAGGUCAUCACCGUGGUUGUCACCAUGGCCUGCUACCAGCUCUGUGGCCUCAAUGCGAUUUGGUUCUACACUAACAGCAUCUUUGGAAAAGCUGGGAUACCCCAAGAGAAGACGCCCUACGUCACCCUGAGCACGGGCGGCGUGGAGACCUUGGCCUCCAUCUUCUCUGGCUUGGUCAUCGAGCGCUUGGGACGGAGACCCCUCCUCAUUGGAGGCUUUGGGCUGAUGGCCCUCUUCUUCGGGGCCCUCACAGUCACGCUGGUGCUGCAGGACCAUGCCGCCUGGAUCCCUUACCUGAGCAUCGUGUGCAUCCUGGCUGUCAUCGCCGCCUUCUGCAGUGGCCCAGGGGGCAUCCCGUUCAUCUUGACUGGCGAGUUCUUCCAGCAAUCGCAGCGGCCAGCUGCCUUCAUCAUGGCGGGCACUGUCAACUGGCUCUCCAACUUCGCCGUCGGGCUGCUCUUCCCGUUCAUCCAGAGAAGUCUGGACACCUACUGUUUCCUAGUCUUUGCUGCAAUAUGUGUCAUAGGUGCCCUCUACUUCUAUUUUGUUCUGCCCGAGACUAAGAACAGAACCCACGCGGAAAUCAGCCAGGAAUUUGCCAAGAGAAACAAGGCGAGUCCACCAGAGGAGACAGGGGACACGGCCGUGGCUGAGAAGGCAAACGGAGGGCCAGGACCGGACUCCUCCUCCACGCUGGACAAUGGUGUCAAAGACAGAGCUGUCUAAGUGGACCUCCCCAUUUCAGGAAAACGUACAUCUCCACACCUGGAGGGCUUGCACCUGGCUGAAGCCGUGCACCUCUUACAUUACGAGAAUCAGCCUGUGAUCCUCCAGCACGACACCCGGUAUUCACAGCUGAACCCCUCAGACUCUUGAAGUCAUCUCAUGGUUUGGAAGACCCAACCUUCUUCUCACAGCUUAGUAGCCUGCCUUCUUCCUGACUUAGCCCAGUAUUGAAAAUUGGGAAAAUGAUAUCAAAAUUCUGUCUCAAAAGAAAAACAUCCAGUCUGAUGAAGGACUCAUUGGAGCAGAAGUCACAGGCUGGGUCCUACUCCCCGCUCCCUCAAGUAGCCUUGCCCCGCCCUCUGCCUGGAUCCUGGAGCUUGGUGAUCCUUGGCUUUGGUCCUGGAUGUAGUCUUUCAGCAUUCAUGGCAACUCUUUGUACCUCCUAACAAACGCCUGUUACCAACCUUUGGCUCUGCCUGUGGGCCUCAGACUUAGGAGCGCCUAACCCCAAUGCACCACCCUGAAGCGUCUGCCUUUCCCAGACUGUUUCCCUGGGCCAGGUCUGAGGCUGUCUUCAGCUGGGAUUGUUACAGGGGCCAUAAAGAAGGUCAACGUGAGGAAGGCCUGGAGAAGCAGGGGUAAGAAAGCACUUCACAGUACCUGGGGCAGGGACUAACUCUGUGUUAAAACACAGCAUUGAGAAUGAUCUGAGCCUCGACCUUGGCUGAUGGGAAACAACACUGUGGCUGACAGAUGGCAUCCAGUUCAGGUGCAGGAGCGAGACAUCAGCUCCUGUGGCCGUGUUGGCCAAGUCUAAAGGGAUUCAUCUGAAGAUGUACUGAGCUGCCUUGAAAAACAGUGAGCCCACCAUCACUCCAGGUGCUCAACAAAGGCUGGGUGGAGACUCGGCUGCUGUUAAGGAAAUCUAAGUGACAGUUUUAGAAAGGUAUUUGGAGUAGACAUGCCUGUGUGCCCUUCCAACGUGCCAGGAUCGUGUAGCUGCAACAACCUACAGCCCAUCAUUGUCACGCUGACCUUAUGAUUUGGCUGACUCCAUAUGCUCACCUCCAAAAUGAACCAAAGUGCAAAUGACAAAUUUCAUAAGUGACAGUGUUCUUGAAUUAGACCCAUAUGUUUGGAUUUAGAGUGUCACAGCAUGUCUGGGGCCAGAGAAGAAAGACUCUGGAUCUAGCAGCUCCACCAAGCCCUCGGUCUCCUCUGACCAUUCACAACAAAGGACGUGUCAGCCAAACCCGAGUUCUGAUCCUUCUUCCUGGUAAAGCAUUCUUGCACCCGGUCCUCUCCUUUGGCUGAUUGCUGACUGGCUGGAUAAUUUGGGCAGCAUUUGUCAACAUGGAGAGGAAAUGAAGUGUGGGUACAAAAAGCAUGUGAGACUAAACAGAGCCAAAUAAAGUGUCAACUAGGAAUCUUUACUUUAGCCUGUUGUCACUCCCUUGGAGACCUGGGACAGUCAAUAAAUAUUAUCAGUCACCUACCAUGCACCAGGCACUAGCUGGGCACUGACGCUGCAUAUGCAAGGUGAUGCCCUGCCCUCGCCUGCACACGCUCGUGUCUGACAAAGAAGGUGGAGAAUCAAAGGAUUGUUAGUAAGAAACCCUCAGGACUUGGGGAGGGGACAAUGAUAUAGGAACAUGUGACAGGAGUGGUUGGGGUGACAGGUGAGAAGCAAAAAAUCUUCCCAAAUAAGCAACCAAAAUAAAAGAAGGUGACAGAAGAGGAAAUUUUCUUACAGAUUGCUACAUUUGAAAAGAUAGUAGAGCCACAUUAAGAGUUUUUAAAAUAAAACAGUAGGACACACAUCA